AUGCUAGCUCCUUCCUUUCCAAUGUCAAGUGUUCAUUUCUGGUUAGCGUGGCAUCUGUAUCGAGAUAGCACUUUGAAUUUGCUGGAGAGUUCAACGACAUGGCUAAAAUCUGAUGUGCAAGAGGAUUAUCCUGAUACGAGAGAUUCAACAAAUGAUAAAAUUGGAUUGCUCAUGCGGGCCUUUUCAAGUAAAAGGCUAGAGCCUAGAGGGAUCGUCCACACGCAGAAGGCCACCAGCCCAGCAGUAAUGUCUCAUAGCAACAGGUUCUUGUUCACGAAUGGCGUCGUAUCACCGCCACCAGACACCCCACCAGUCACAACCUUACUCGAAGCACACCCUGGUGCAUAUACGACGACUCGUACUCAUAGUAACGGUUCAGAACUCUUGUUCUGGGGUAGACAUUUAACCAGAUUGUCGAAUUCUAUAAAAAUAUUAUUAACUACCCGCCCUAAACUUCUGUUUGAAAACCCAGAGAAAAAUGGGGUUCCGUUUUUGGGAUUUUUGACACGAUCGGUGAAUUGGGAUUCUGCGAUUGAGGUUUUAGUUAAUGAUUCGAUUAGAAAAUCAUUGCCUACUGCGUUGAAAGAGAGGAAAUGUGGGGAGGAGUUGGCGAUUACGGCACUUGUGAGUGGGAAUUUGGAGAAACUAAGUGAUUCUGGUGGUGAGUUUGAUGAAGAAAGUAUUUGUGAGUUUUUGGAUGUAUAUUUGCACAUAGCUGGGUAUGUUCCGCCACUAUAUGGCGUUCCAGGAAAUGGAGCACGUUUGGCUGUUGUAGGGCCUGGAAGGGAUGUUGCCAAUGCAAAGUAUUCGGAUUGGGUCAGGCUAAGGAAGUGUUUGGAGAAGCUGAGACCACCUUCUAUUACCGAACUUUUAUUGUCAAGUGAUGGUGAUCGAAUUUUGGAAGGCUGUUUGACAAAUUUUUUUGUUAUUUGUCUGAAGGACAAAAAUGAAGACAAUAAUUUUGCUGAGAAGAAAGGCUCGCAAACAUUUAGAUCUGUUGAGAUUCAGACAGCUCCUGUCGCUGAUGGCAUUCUUCCUGGAGUUAUACGCCAAGUAAUCACUCAAAUAUGCUUGAAAAUUGGAAUCCCUCUUCGAGAAGUUGCACCAUCUUGGUCACAUCGUGAGUUGUGGGUGGAAGCAUUCAUCACUAAUAGCCUUAGGGUGCUACAGCAUGUUGACACAAUCCAAGUUCCGGAUUCAUGGGAAUCAGUGGAAUCGAAAACAUGGAAGGAGAUAACAUGGGUUGAGAAACGAUUUGAGGAUGGGCCAGGGAGGAUCACAUCAAUCAUCCAGAGGGAGAUCAUGGAAAAAGCAGGAAUUGAAACAUUUCCAGUAGCUUCACUUAACUCAAAGUGA